UUCCAUCACCAGGCUGGGGCUGAAUAAAGGCGUGUGUGUGUGGUAGUGUUUCUUUUUUAAAAAUCUCAAAGCCAAGAAGAACAAGCUGAAAUAGCAUUUGCAAAAAUGGAGCGUAAAAUAAACCGAAGAGAAAAAGAAAAGGAGUAUGAAGGGAAAUACAACAGCCUGGAAGAUGCUGACCAGGGCAAGAACUGCAAAUCCACCCUGAUGACCCUCAACGUUGGUGGAUACUUAUACAUUACUCAAAAACAAACACUGACCAAGUACCCAGACACAUUCCUUGAAGGUAUAGUAAAUGGAAAAAUCCUCUGUCCAUUUGAUGCCGAUGGUCAUUAUUUCAUAGACAGGGAUGGGCUCCUCUUCAGGCAUGUUCUAAACUUCCUACGAAAUGGAGAACUUCUACUGCCUGAAGGGUUUCGAGAAAAUCAGCUUCUUGCACAAGAAGCAGAAUUCUUUCAGCUCAAGGGACUGGCGGAUGAAGUGAAAUCCAGGUGGGAAAAAGAACAGCUAACACCCAGGGAAACUACUUUCUUGGAAAUAACAGAUAACCAUGAUCGCUCACAAGGACUGAGAAUCUUCUGUAAUGCUCCUGAUUUCAUAUCAAAAAUAAAGUCUCGCAUUGUUCUGGUGUCCAAAAGCAGGCUGGAUGGAUUUCCAGAGGAGUUUUCAGUAUCGUCAAAUAUCAUUCAAUUUAAAUACUUCAUAAAGUCUGAAAAUGGCACUCGACUUGUACUGAAGGAAGACAACACCUUUGUCUGUACCUUGGAAACUCUUAAGUUUGAGGCCAUAAUGAUGGCCUUAAAGUGUGGUUUCAGACUGCUGACCAGCCUGGAUUGUUCCAAAGGGUCAAUUGUUCACAGCGAUGCACUUCAUUUUAUCAAGUAAUUACCUGUGCCACGAACAAAGACAACAAGCAUGCAGCCAGCAAGCUUCGGAAAACCACAGCAUCAAAGGCAUCCCAAAUAACGUGCCCGGCCAGCUCUGUACUCAGAGCCCUGCUGCUAAUCAAUUACUGUGAGCUAACGGUAUGUAAAUUCUAUCGCUAAAGAUGUCCUUCUCUAGGGUGUUCCUGCUGAUCAGACUCAAACACUUAAAGUGAAAACAGUGAUCUUCUAUAUAUUGUAAAUAAAGACUGAAUGCUUUUGCCAUUUGUUUAUUUUUCCUUAAGCUGUCUUUCAAUCAGAAUGUCUUGGGUACUUGCAAAAUGAAUAAGCAUGUACAUUACCUAUCGUUCUUUUAAGUAAAUGGUAAUGAAAUGUUUUAAAGGACUGUAAGAUUUAAAAUCCUUUCUCCUUAUGGCAAAAACCUACAAAGAAAUUGAACUGGCAAAAUUAACCAUUGAGAGCAAGAUAGACGUACAGAUCUACUAACACAGAGCUGUGGUGAAACUAAAUGAGACUGUAAGAAGGUAUUAAAGCUAUGGAUUUAAUUUUUAAUAGUAGGCACCAAAAGCUUAUUUCUAGUUCCUGUAUUUCAUACUAGAAUUACAGCUGAAUUGAUACACUGCUGAAAAUUCCUAGAAAACUGCUUGAUGACAAUAAAAAAAUAAAAGCA